CUUCUAGUGGUUAGUAAAAUCUGGCGCCACUUUGUUUAAAUUGUUAAUUAUUAUCCUAAAAAAGAGUAAAGAAUGGCACGCGACUCGAUUCUGACGUGGAUGCGGAGCCUCGGCGAGAAGGGCCGUCAAAGUGAACUGGAACUGCUGAUUCAAAACACGCCGGUCGAGGAGUUAAAGAACACUCUAAAGAGCACUAUGGUCCGCAGCGAAGGGAUAACCUAUUGGAAUUACUUGCUCCUGGGCUUCAAUCCGGAUAGCAAGGAUUCCGUGGCAAAGCGAUUCGAGUGCGUUCGCAGCUUCAUGGACGGACUGAGCAGCAUGGAACUGAGCUACAAACAGACCUUCGAUCUGAUCACACGCCUGUCCCAGGACCUGGUAACCUUUCCCUCCGACCAGCUGGCCUGGAUAGUGGAGCACUGCAUGGACGGCAUGCGGCAAGGAGACGCGAAGUGCGUCGGCUGGAAGGAUUUGCUGCCAGAUGCACUGUCUCUGCUUUUGGUCAGGCCUCCGUUCCUUCUGCACGGCGUUUCCAUGGACGGAACUGAGUUUAGGAACACCACCGUAAGGAGUAUAGUGACCAUGCAAUGGCCAGCCACGAUCCUUACACCUAUUGCAGACAUGUUCAAGUCCAUAAAUCUCAGCAGUGGGGAAAUAUUAACGGUCCUUAACAAAUUCUCUGGCGCCCUGCAGGAGCUUUCGCCUAUGGAGCUGCCAGCACUGUGCUUCCAGCUCUUCUCCAUGUGUAGCACUGCAUCACUGCUGAUUAUUCCAUUGCUUGCCCUGGAGAAGUACUUUCAUCGUAACUACUACAAACGUCUGUUCUCCGACAUGUGCAGCAACUCAACCAACUUGGAUAGCAUUGACCCGUUUUCGGACAAGGAACUAAGGGAGGCGGAGGAGACUAUCCUGCACCACUUGAACUACUGUACCAUGUACAAGCUUACUGAAAAACACUUGGCCAUAAUGCUAAGGAACUUCCUGCAUAUGCCAGAUGUGAUCCUAACUCCGUUUAUGCUCAGCGCCAUCAUAUCGAUGACCAGCAUUAACCGUGACCCAGAGUCGGCAAGGAUCUCCCAUUCCAUUUUGCUACCCUUUCUGCGUAAUGUGAUAAAAAACAAUGAAGAAGAGCGUACAUUAGCCGACUACUCCGUGUGGUACCGUGAUACAUUGCAACGGAAACAAGUCGAUUUGCAGCAGGUUUUCGUGGUGCUUAUAGAUCAGAACAAGGACGGAAAGGAUGUGAUAACACCUGGGCUAGUCCACCUCGUUUUUUACCUACUGAAAUCCAAUUCGCCCAAGAUGCACACAAUGGCAAUAACGUUCCUUACAAAGUUUAUACGAAAACGUUUUAUAUUCGGUCAAGGCAUUAUAAAACUUAUUUCCGAGUGGAUGAUAGUAUAUCAGGACCAGAAUCAGUUUUCGGAAUGCCUUACCCUUUUGAGUGUAGCUGACACGUACACAGUCUCCGAAUGCAUUAAGACUAUUCAAACUGUUAUGGAGCACAUGCAGUGGCUGUCCGGCGAGCAAUCAAUGCGCAUGAUGAACUUUAUUCUUCCUUUGCUGAAGAUUUCCAAUCGCGUUCGCGAUGCUCUGAUUGACGUGCUUUGCAAGGCAAUGAGCUCGAGUGGUAUUCAAAAACGACGAAUGGCUAUUUAUGGUUUUUGUAUGAUCCUCAAACAGCUUAACAACAGCAAUGCCAUGCGCCAGACCUCAAGUGCCACUAGUUUCUGCACCCAACACAGCAUUUCAGGAUAUUCAAUGAUGACCCAAAACACACUGGGAAGUCGCAGUAAUCCCCAACGAAAUUUCGACAUGCUUACAUUGGAAAUAAUUGGAAUGUUGCGAAAUUGUUUGCAGCAGCAAUUUGAUAUACGAUGUACCCUUUAUGAGAAUCUCCAGAGAGCCGUGGAACUUAAUGCAAAACUGGUACCCCAUGUGCUGCAAGUUAUUGAUUGGCACUUUCGCAGUUUCUUCGAAACCCCCUCCGCAGAAGAUGCUGGUGAUGAUUUAGACACCGUUUUUCGCAUUCGCUACGAUCAAUUGGUUAGAUCCAGCGAUGAUCAACAUAUGGAAAUUCAGCUUAAAGAUAACUUGGGCAAGUUGAUUCAGUUUGUUGCCAACUGUUUGGCUGUUUUUGAACGAGCUCCUUCGGGCUACGACACUCGUGAGAUGAAUCGGCUUCUGAAUUUUUGUGUAGACCGUAUGGUAGCAAACAGAUUGCCAUUGGAAGACAUAGCUCCCCCAGUCACACAUCUGAAAUGUACCCUCGUUUUGCAACAACUUAACAUUAUCGAAGGCAUAAUUUGUCACUUAUUGCUGAGAUCAAAGCCACAAAACGAUGCUGUUUCUCAAAUUUUACCACUGUUUAAACAGCAUUGUAAGCUGAUGGAUAGUCUUGGAGCUUUGAGUGACGCAUCUAAGAAAGCCCAUAAACAAUUAAAGCAAUCGGCCAAAAAUAAUAGUACAUCUGCCUGUAAUCUAACAUUGAAUGGUCUGCCAGUGAAGUCCAUGUGCACACAACCUGAAAAUAUUUGGGAUCUUGCCAUUCUAGAUAAACUUCUGCAUCUACUGCUUGAUGAUAUAGUUUCAUUUGCUGCCCCUGAAAAAACUGUCCUCCUGAGGUCCAGUGAGCCCCUCGUUCGUUAUGUUUUAUCGGUAACGGCCACCCGAGUGGAAUCUAUUCGACUAGAGCCGGAUUACAAACAACUAGCCUACAGCAAACGCACCUUUAAGCAGUUGACGGACAUUACCAAGGUUAUUUAUGAGCGCUGCAUUCAGCGAUUGCCCGAGUUAUGGAGAGGCUUUGACAUGCAGAGCUCGGCCCUAGCCACUCAGUGUUUUGUGGAAUGCCUGCGAACAGCACAUGAAACUUAUUCGAAAAAGAUCCACGAUUUUGUUAAGGCAUUUGAUAUGGCAUCUAUAAAGGGAAGCCGAAACAAGGAAGUGGUUUACAUUGUUCAGGAUGUUUUGGACGAGUUUAUGACGGAAUACGGCGGGGAUGAUUCAAUUUGUAAAGAUGAAUUUAUUGCCAAAAUACCUGUUUGGCUUUUGGAGUCACUUGAAAUUCUGUUGGAUCAUAUAGAUUACGGGGAUCGCGCGGCCACUGAUUCGUACACUUGGCUUUUAAGCUUUUGCAGCAAAAACGAGAUUUCUAACAGCGAAAUGGGCUUGGUGCACAGAAUGCUAUUUGUUCAGCGGCAAAAGACCCAUUUGGGUCCCUUUUUCGACAACAUUGCCAGGCAAUUGGGUUUGGUACUUGGCGUCCAAAAUGAAGUCGCGCCAUCAGAUUCUGUGGAGCUAACUCUAAAGUCGAUAAGUACGGUGACUGCCGAGAGUUGUUUGCAGCAUCUUUACACCGCUGUCCACAAGCAGCUCACGGAUGUGGACUAUUUUGUGACUAAGGCCAACAAUCUAAGCUACAAAUGCCAAGUGGUUCCCGAAAUCGAUCAAAUAUAUUGGCGGGGUAAUUUGGACGCUAUGGAUCGUAGCAUUUGUACACAAAUAAUCCAUAUCUCCCGCACUUUGUUGGUACUCACCAACGUUUGCAUACCACUGGGAUCUUCUAUGGACGGACUUAUGAAAUUGCUAAUUCAGCACUACACUGUUAUGAAAAACCUGACCAAGCACUAUAUAUCAAGCUAUACAUCAGAUGCGAGCAUUGAAAACAUUCGUAGCACUAAAUUUGAGCUGCUACUACGAGAUGUGGGCAAGCAACUUCCGGCGAAUGUUUACGAGCUUAUCACGUACAUAGAAGCUAAUACACUUGAUGAGGAAGCGCAGCAGCAUAUUAAAAAGCGAAAGGUUCUGGCAGAACGCGCCAAAGUUCUGAGAGAGACCCGCCUUAUUCCCAAAGUGAUAAUGGUUAUUGAGGACUUCAACAAACACAUUAUUCUUCUGUCAAAGAAGCUUAAAAGCACGAAUAGGCUUACAGACUACCUCCACUUGGGGACCAUGCGUGACUUUGAUAUUAAGUCAACAGAUCUGAGAGCGGCUAUAGAACGCAGUAUAUCGGAUGGUCGCAAUAUUACCACAGAAGACAGUAAUACCGAGGAUCAUGAUCAAGAUGAAGAUGAAGAUAGGGAUGGAGAUAGUGACGUUCAAUCCACGACGUAUCCUGAGGAAUCAGGAGAGGAGAAUGUAGAGCUCGUUGUAGUGGAGAAAAAAGACAAGCGCCGUAGACGUGCUCCUAGCAGCGAAACCGAGACUUGUCAACCGAAAAGGAAAAGAGGACGCAAAGCUGCUGAAAAGCCAGAGGGAAAUAUCUAUUGCGCAGACCAAGAUGUGGGACAUCCUGAAACCAGUUUAAAAUUGAGGAGUAAGAAAGAUUCGAAAGACGAGCAACAGAAGCCUGCUCGCGUAUUAGAGACGACUAGACCCACUAGAAAAUCCGAGGCUCGGACAGAGGAAGAAGUAAGUACCAGUAAAAAAACAAAUGCUUUGAAAAAAAAAGGCGUGGAACCAGCAGAAGAACUUCCCAAACCGGAAGAAACCGCUGAAAAGAAACAAUUAAAUCCUAGUCGUCGACUAGGUAUCCCUCGAUCCAUGAAGAAAUAAUGUGGCUUGAAGUGAAGAAGAGUAUCGUUUUAACACACAUUGUUGUUCAAAAUAUCUCAUUUAUAAUGUUUUUAAGUAUUUUGAGUGGAUCAUCACAAUAUUUUAAACGUCAUGAAUAUUUGGUAUUCACUUUCUCGAAGUCGUUAAACGCCUUACCUCAAACCACGUUACUUACUUUCUGCCCAUCUACCUGUCACUAUAAAAAUUUAAAAAUUUAAAUUUACUUUCAACUUUAUAUCGUGUAAAAAAUAUAUAAUGGCAAUAUUAUAAAAA